UCGAGAGGCGAACCCAGGGAAAGAGGAGUAAUUUGUACACGGGACUUUCCCCCUCUUAGUCCCCCAAAAGGAGGGGGAAAAGUCGCAAUAUUGGAAACGAAAAGGAAUGAGCUUCUAAGGGCGUGAAAACGUCUGCAAUUGUGGAUACUUUAUAUAUUUUUAUUUCGAAAAAAUAUGGCCGAGAACGUUCUGGACUCUGGCCCGCCUUCAGCCAAGAGGCCUAAACUCUCCUCUCCGGCACUUUCCGCCUCCGCCAGCGAUGGAAACGAUUUCAGCUCACUGUUUGACUUGGAGCAUGACCUCCCAGAUGAGCUCAUCAACGCAAAUGAUCCAGGUCUGGUCAAUGGUGGGGACCUUAAUCAGUUGCACACCACUCUGGGAGGUGGACCUGCAGGGUUGGGUCCCGGAGGGGGCAAUGGAGGAGCAGGAGGAAUGGGUCUUGGGCUUGGUCCUGGAGGGGGUCCUGGGGGUGUUGGUGGAGGCCAGGACGCAGUGGCCAAGCACAAACAGCUGUCCGAGCUUUUGCGUUCAGGGGCGACCACAUCGACUCAACAGGGGCACCAAGGAGCCAUGGGCAGCCCUGGAGGCCCCACUGCCAUGGGGCAACACUUGGCGAACAUGAAGGCGUCCCCUGGUCAAGGGCCUCAGCAGAUGAUGGGCCAGGGGCAACAGCAGCACCUUUCCCCGCAGCAGCAGGCUAACAUGAUGCAGCAGCAACAGAAUGCUGCAGCUGGAAUGAUGGGUGGAAUGAACAGGGGCAUGAUGGGAGCGCAGCAGAAAGGCAAUAAUGGACAGCAGCAGCCAGGCAUGAUUGGGAACCAGGUGAUGAAUGGCUCCCCCAGGAUGGGGUUUGGUAAUCAGGGGAUGGCCGGAAGCAGCAACCUGUUGGCUGAGACCCUACAGCAGCAGGGAGCUGGGGGCCAGGGCGGGAUGAGAGGACAGCAACCUGGAGCUCUGAACAAGAUGGGGAUGAUGGGGAACCCAGGGGGCCCUUUUGGAGGUCCAUAUGGAGGUCAGGGGAAUCAAGGUCUAGGAGGCGCAGGGCUGGGCCCUCAGCUCCAGAACAAAGGUCCCAUGGCCAACAGCCUGGCCCAGUUCAGUGUGGACAAGAAGAACCAGCCCAUGCAAGGAAUGGGUGCCAUGGGUGCCCAGCAGUCACAGACAGGCGUGGGUGGCCCCUCAGGUGCACCUGUGGGAGGAGCACCGGGGAUGGUGCCCAGUGCUCAGGCAGGUCUGGUGGGGCCUGGUACCCAGGUUUCUGCAGCAUCUGCUGCAGCUGGAGCACCACCCACAGCUGACCCUGAAAAGCGCAAGCUAAUCCAGCAGCAACUGGUACUCCUGCUUCAUGCACACAAGUGCCAGCGGCGGGAGCAGGCCAACGGUGAAGUCCGGCAGUGCAACCUGCCCCACUGCCGCACUAUGAAGAAUGUCCUCAACCACAUGACUCACUGCCAGGCUGGCAAGUCCUGUCAGGUUGCUCAUUGUGCAUCAUCAAGGCAGAUCAUCUCCCAUUGGAAGAACUGCACGCGGCACGAUUGUCCCGUCUGCCUGCCACUGAAGAAUGCUGGGGACAAGAGGAACCCGCAGUGUGAGUCUCUGCUUGGCGGGGCUGGUGCAGGUCUGGGCAGUUCUCUUGGGGCAGUCCCUGGUGGCCAACCAAGUGCUCCCAACCUCAACCCGCCGAGCCAGAUCGACCCCAGCUCUAUAGAAAGAGCAUAUGCUGCCCUGGGCCUCACCUAUCAGGGGAACCAGAUCCAGGCUCCGACUGCCCAGCCUAACAUGCCCAACCAAGGCCUUCAGGGGCAGGCUGGCAUGAGGCCUUUGAAUCCAAUUGGUGUAAAUCCAAUGGGAGUCAAUGGAGGGGUGGGUGCUCCCCCUCAGAGCCAGCAAAGCAGUCUACUGCAGGAUACCAUGAUGCAUCUCAAUGUGAACAGCCAAGGUCUGAUGAAUGAUGCUGGUGGGGUUGGUUCCAUGCCCACAGCAGCCCCUCCUUCUGCCACAGGCAUGAGGAAAGGCUGGCAUGAGGACAUCACACAGGACCUACGAAACCACUUGGUACACAAGCUUGUCCAGGCCAUCUUUCCGACUCCAGAUCCUGCUGCUCUCAAGGACCGUCGAAUGGAGAACCUGGUGGCCUAUGCACGAAAAGUUGAGGGAGACAUGUAUGAGUCUGCCAACAGUAGAGCUGAGUACUAUCACUUGCUAGCAGAGAAGAUCUAUAAGAUCCAGAAGGAACUGGAGGAGAAGAGGAGGACCCGGCUCCAGAAGCAGGGUCUGGGCCUCGGGCCUGCUGGCAUGGGUCAGCCCCCUACUGGACUGCCUCCAAACGGCCCCCUCUCUGACCCAUCAAUGGUGCGACCAGCUGGACCAAAUCAGAUAGGCAGCAGGAUGCAAGGCCCAGGUAUGAAUCAGUUCAAUCAGAUGGGGAUGCAGAGGUCCACCCCCCCUCUCCCCAUGGGACCAUCUGGCAACCAGAUGGGAAUGGUUGGACCCAGGGUGGGGCAGCCCAACGUCAACCAGCUGCAGAACCAGUAUCUGUCCCAGGGACAGUUUCCUGGCUCAGGACCGGGAGUUGGAGCAGCUCAGCCUGGGAUGACCCAACCUGGAGCACAGGGAGGCAUGGCACAGACGCAGAUGGGCACUCCUCCCUCUCUUUCGGUUGCUAGUCCUCUAGCGCAGCCAGGUUCAGCCGGUGGUCCCAGUGGGGUCUCUACAGUGGGGCCAAUGGGUCCCCAGAGUGUGGGAGGUGGAGGGCCCAACUCAGCUGUCGGAGCCCCGGCUUCCUCAGUGACUCCAUCUAACACAAACCAGCAGCCCAACUCCAUCCCCCAUUUAGUAGCCAUGCGUGGAAGCUCGCCCUCCCCUGCUCACAGCCGAUCGCCUGCUCACAGCCGGUCCCCUACUCCCCACCAAACACCGCCCAGACUAGCUGGGUCCCAGACGCCACAACCACACACCCCUAAUGCACCGCAGCUGGCACCACCUUCAGCUCCUCAGCAGAACCAGCUUGGUCAGGGCCCUGGUUCCAACAAGCCCCUCCAGCAGCAACACAUGGGGCCUGCUGGUUCGACCACUCCGUCUCACCCUGGACUGGCCUCCAGCUCAACACCGCACAGUAGUCAGCUGCCACGCACUCCGUUGUCCCAGAAGGGUUCAUUCCCAGCAGACAGUCAGGCCUUGACUCCAGCCUCCGUCAGCAGCCUGGACACUUCCUCCCAGCAGCCGCAGUCGGACACCUCAACCGCCAACCUGGACCCCAAGAUGGAGGUCAAGCAUCAGGAUGACGAGGAGGAGAGCGACGCCGGCAGCUGCUCCAAAGGAGGGAAACUCGGCAACCUCAAGACAGAGGAAAAGCCUAUAAAAUCAGAACUGAAAAAGGAAGAGUGUUCUGGAGAGGGAGGGAAAGGAGUUCCGAUGGAUACAUCGACAACGACGCCGGCAGUGGGUGUAAAAACAGAAGACAGGAAACCAGAGGUGAAGAAAGAGGUGAAAGAGGAAGAGGAGAAUUCGGAGGCGGUUACACCCCAGGCUCCAGCGAAGAAGAAGAUCUUCAAGCCAGAGGAGCUUCGUCAGGCCCUGAUGCCCACACUUGAAUCUCUCUACAGACAAGACCCAGAAUCUCUGCCCUUCAGGAUGCCUGUUGACCCACAACUGCUCUGCAUUCCUGACUACUUUGACAUUGUGAAGAACCCCAUGGACUUGUCAACUAUCAAGCGAAAGCUGGACACAGGUCAAUAUCAGGAUCCCUGGCAGUAUGUGGAUGACAUCUGGCUGAUGUUCAACAAUGCCUGGCUGUACAAUCGCAAGACAUCAAGAGUCUACAAGUACUGCUCCAAGCUGGCCGAGGUUUUCGAGCAGGAGAUUGACCCCGUGAUGCAGAGCCUCGGCUACUGUUGUGGGAGGAAGCUGGAGUUCUCUCCUCAGACACUGUGCUGCUACGGAAAGCAGCUGUGCACUAUUCCCCGAGAUGCUGCUUACUUCAGCUACCAGAACAGGUACCACUUCUGCGAGAAGUGUUUCAACGAGAUCCAGGGAGAGACGGUUUCCCUGGGUGACGACCCCACGCAGCCACAGACAUCAAUUAACAAGGAACAGUUUGAGAAGAAGAAGAAUGACACACUGGACCCUGAACUGCUUGUUGAAUGUAUGGACUGUGGGCGCAGGAUGCAUCAGAUUUGUGUCUUACACAAUGAAACAAUCUGGCCAUCAGGUUUUGUAUGUGAUGGCUGCUUAAAGAAGACAAAUAAGACAAGAAAAGAGAACAAGUAUUCUGCCAAAAGGUUACCACAGACGAAGUUGGGCUGUUUUCUGGAGUCGAGGGUGAAUGACUUUUUGAAGCGUCAGUCCCACCCGGAGUCUGGAGAGGUCUUCAUUCGAGUGGUCCACGUCUCCGACAAAGUGGUGGAGGUCAAACCAGGCAUGAAGUCCAGAUUUGUGGACAGCGGAGAGAUGUCAGAGUCUUUUCCAUACAGGACAAAAGCCCUUUUUGCAUUUGAGGACAUUGACGGAGCAGACGUCUGCUUCUUCGGUAUGCAUGUUCAGGAGUACGGAUCUGACUGCCCUCAGCCCAAUCAGAGGCGAGUAUACAUCUCCUACCUGGACAGCGUGCACUUCUUUCGGCCCCGCUCUCUAAGAACAGCAGUUUACCAUGAAAUCCUCAUUGGCUACUUGGAGUAUGUCAAGAAAUUAGGCUACACCACUGGUCACAUCUGGGCCUGCCCGCCUAGUGAAGGGGACGACUACAUCUUCCACUGUCACCCUGCAGAUCAAAAGAUCCCAAAGCCCAAACGCCUUCAGGAGUGGUACAAGAAGAUGCUAGACAAAGCUGUGGCAGAGCGGAUAGUGCACGACUACAAGGAUAUCUUCAAGCAGGCGACAGAGGAUCGUUUGACUAGUGCCAAGGAACUGCCUUAUUUUGAGGGUGACUUCUGGCCCAAUGUGCUGGAGGAGAGCAUUAAGGAGCUGGAGCAGGAGGAGGAGGAAAGAAAACGGGAGGAGAACAGCACCUCCAACGAGAGUAUUGAUGACACAAAAGGCGACAGCAAAAAUGCAAAGAAGAAGAACAACAAAAAGACAAGUAAGAACAAGAGCAGUCUGAGCCGAGCCAAUAAGAAGAAGCCAGGGAUGCCUAAUGUUUCCAAUGACCUCUCACAGAAGCUCUACGCCACUAUGGAAAAACACAAAGAGGUGUUCUUUGUGAUUCGGCUGAUUGCAGGCCCCAUGGCAAAUGCCUUGCCCCCUAUUUCGGACCCAGAUCCCCUGAUGGCAUGUGACCUCAUGGAUGGUCGUGAUGCUUUCCUGACGCUGGCGCGUGACAAACACCUUGAGUUCAGCUCGCUGAGGAGGUCCAUGUGGAGCUCCACGUGCAUGUUGGUGGAGUUGCAUAACCAAAGCCAGGACCGCUUUGUUUACACUUGCAAUGAGUGCAAGCACCACGUGGAGACUCGCUUCCACUGCACCGUUUGUGAGGAUUACGACCUCUGCAUCACAUGUUACAACACUAAGGGCCACGAGCACAAGAUGGAGAAGUUAGGCCUUGGCUUGGAUGAUGAAAGUAGCAACCAGGCUGCUGCCACCACUCAGAGUCCUGGAGACUCCCGUCGCCUCAGCAUCCAGCGCUGCAUCCAGUCUCUCGUCCAUGCGUGCCAGUGUCGAAACGCAAAUUGCUCUCUGCCAUCAUGCCAGAAGAUGAAACGUGUUGUUCAACAUACAAAAGGUUGCAAGAGAAAAACCAAUGGCGGCUGCCCCAUCUGCAAGCAGCUUAUUGCAUUGUGUUGUUACCAUGCAAAGCACUGUCAGGAGAACAAGUGCCCUGUCCCGUUCUGCCUAAACAUCAAGCACAAGCUUCGCCAGCAGCAGCUGCAGCACAGGCUGCAGCAAGCUCAGAUGCUGAGAAGGAGAAUGGCCAGCAUGCAGAGAGUGGGCCAGCCCAAUCCUGGAGGACCACCUGGAGGCAAUGGCCUGCCCUCCCCUGGAGCCAACAAUGGAGCAACAGGGCCUGGUACCCCUACGUCUGUUGGUACGCAGCCUCCUACUCCCCAGACACCCACCCAAGGGAACAUGCCUGUACUCUCUCAGCAGCAGGGAGUUGGAAUGGGUGGGAUGGGUGGAAUGGGGGGCAUGGGAACUCCAGGCCAGCAACAGCAAGUUCAGCAGCCAGGUGGAAACAUCCCCCCUCAACACCACCUCCAUCAGUUUCAGCAAGUGGGUGGAGGCGGGAUGAUGAAUUCUCCUCAGCAGCAGAUGGUGCCUCAGCUCCAGCAGCCUCCCAAUGUCCAGCAGCUCCAGCAGCCGCAACAUCCUGGUGGUUUGCCUCCGUACAACCCCAGACCACCUGGAGCAUCUCCUCUCCACCAGUCUCUGGGUAAACCUGGACUGGGUCCUGCCACCCCACCCCAGCAGCAGCAACAACCCAACCAGGGCCAGGGGGCCAUGCCUGUACAAGGCCAGCAGCAAGGGCCGCCUCUAGCUGCCGUGGAGACGGCCCUAAAGAUUCAGCGUCUAGCAGAGACCCAGAGACAGAUGGCUCAGGCCCAAGCCCAAGCGCAGAUCCGUGGCUUGGGACAGGGUGGCAUGAUGGCACCACAUCCUCACCACCAGAACAGCCAGGCCCAGAUGGGAAUGCCUCAUAUUGGGGCCCAAGGCAUGCCCCCCCAGGCUCAGGGAGUUGUUGGAAGGACUAUGUUAGACCCACAGCAACAGGGAAUGCUAGCUGGGAUGCAGCAAGGUGGCCCUCAGCCACAGUUGCCGCCUCAAGUUCAGCAGCAGCUCCAGCAGGUGCAGCAGGCAGGUGGUGGGCAGCUUCAGCCAACAAACCAGCAGUGGGGCACGGGGGGACCAACCAUGAACCCACAGCAGAGGCCAGGCAUGAUGGGUCACAUGGCACCACAGCAGCCAGCAGUUGCCCAACAGCAGCAGCAACCGAUGAAUCAGCAACAGCCUCAACCAGGAAACCGUGGGUUGAUGCAGGUAAUGGGUGUAUCGGGAGGGGCAGCAGGGUCACCUGCUUCAAUAGCAGGUGCAGCUGCAUCAGGAAAACUGCCCCAGUCAGCACUACAAGAGCUCGUGCUAACACUGCGCUCCCCAAACACACCCUUACAACAUCAGCAAGUCCUGAACAUCCUCCGAUCCAACCCAACCCUUAUGGCCGCUUUUGUUCGGCAGAGAACAGCCAGGUAUCAAGGUACUCAGGGUGGCCCUGGGGGACCAGGAGGGCCUCCACAAGGAGGUCCUGGAGGUGUGAGGUUCCAAGGGGCUCCUGGAGGGCUGCCUGGUGUAGGAGGGCCUGGAGCCAACCAGCUUGCUAAUAUGGAUGGACAACAGGUUAAUGUUAACCAGACAGGUCAGCCAGGUAUGAAUAUUGCUCAGGGCGGAGCAGGGGGAGGGAAUAUGCCCACCAUGGCUCAGCUUCAGCAGUUACAACAGCAGCAACAACAGCGUCCGAUGUUGCCGGGAAAUCUACAGCAACAGCAAAUGGCUGCGUUGCAACAGCAGCAGCAGCAACAACAACAGCAGGGAGCAAUGCAAGCAGGGCAACAAGGCAACAUGGCCAAUAUGACUCCACAGUUCAGAGAGCUGUUGAUGAGAAGACAUCUGCAGCAACAGCAGCAGCAGCAACAACAACAGCAGGGAGCAAUGCAAGCAGGGCAACAAGGCAACAUGGCCAAUAUGACUCCACAGUUCAGAGAGCUGUUGAUGAGAAGACAUCUGCAGCAACAGCAGCAGCAGCAACAACAGCAGCAACAAAUGGGAAACCACGGGCAGUUCCAGCAGCCACAAGGACUCCAGCAGCAGCAAGGCCAGCAAAGUUUCAUGCAGCCUGGCCAGGGACAGCCAGGGAUACCGCCGUCUUCUCAACCCCAGCCUGGUGGUGGAGGUGUAGGGGUUCCCCAGCAGCAGCAGCAACAAGGGGGACCACAGGGUGGACCAGGACAGCUAGGCCAGCAGCAGGGCUACUCUAACUCCAUGUCACAAGUCGCUGCAGCGCUCCAGCAAAGGCUUCAACAUCAGAUGCAGAUGCAGCAGCAGCAACAGCAGCAGCAGCAGCAGCAGCAAAAUCCAAUGGGUGGUCUUCAAGGACAGGAUGUAGGGCCCAGUGGCGGUGCUGGAGGACCUCCUCUCCAGCCUGGCCAAGGUGGAACGGGGCCGGGGCAACAACCGCAAGGUGGAGUUGGUGGAGCAGGUGGUGGGCCACCACUGCAGCAGACAUCCCAAGGCAUGCUUCACCAGAACAUCCACCAGAGGCUCCUGCAGCAGCAGCACCUAGGAGGAGGAUCUCCAGCCCAGCAUAGCAGUCCUAUGAGUCCCCAGCAGCAGAUGGCUCAGUCCCCCCACCCGCACCUCCAAGGACAAGGAGGACUCGGUCCUGCAGGAUCGCUCAGCAGUCAGGUCAGGUCACCUCAGCCCUCACCGAGGCCGCAGUCGCAGCCUCCGCACUCCAGCCCGUCCCCACGCAUGCAGCCCUCCUCCCAGCCUCAGCCCCAGCCUUCACCUCAUCGCAUCUCCCCACAGACCCAGACAGGGUCACCGCACCCAGGCCACCUGAGUCAACACCAUCCCAGUAUGGCACCGCCUCCGCAGCCCCAACAGCAGCAGCAACCAGGUAGUUCUGUAGAUCCCAGUCAGUUCAGCUCAGACCAGAACUCUAUCAUGUCUCAAUUGAGCGUGAUGACAGGGAUGCACGGAGGACAGGGGGGACAGUCGGACAUGAUGGGUGGGAAUAGUAACAGCAGCAGCAACAACAACCAGGAGCUGGGGACGAACAUUAACCACAACCUUAUGUAGCCUUGACUCCAGACUGUCUUUCUGUCUUGAUGCUCUGAUCUGUUGCCCCAAAUGACAAACUGCCAUGAAAGGAGAGCGAGACGGGACUACGGCUUUGGGGUUUUAGAAGUUUUUAUUUUUUAUUUAAAUAUUUUUGUGAUGUAUAAAUAUGAACUGAAGCUUCCUUCCUAUGGGAGAUGCAACAUCAAUCUUAGAAGUCAAUAAAUGAAUAAAUUAAAACAAUGGUAAGUUAUUGCUGUUAAUAUUUAUCUAUAUAUUUUUGCCAAUUGUGUACAAAAAGGUGGAAGGGCAGUGUUUCAGGUUGAAGAUAUUUCUUCAGUAUAUGACACAAUAUUUUUGGGGACUGAGAAUUUUGCCUUUUUAUGAAUAUUUUUAAGAUUUUAAAUGUGGCUAAAAAUUAAAGUGAGUUGACAUGAUGUACCUUUUUUAUUGUUUUGUUUUCCUCCUCAAAUACCCAGUCAUGAUUGUAUCUAUUUUGCAGAGAGUACGUUUAUUUUAUUUCUAUAUUAUUAUUUUGUUCCCUCGAUGAAUCGUUAAACAAGCAUCAACAUAUCUUCCGUUACAGAAGUUGUCUUCUGGACAGUUUUCACAGAAAUGUACAUUUUACGGUGACUGCAGCAAUUUACAUAUAUAGAAUUUAUUUAGUUUGAUUAGGUGGGUGGGAGGGUGUGUUAAAUGCAGUUUGAUUUUUUUUUUGACAGCUAUCUUAGGUUUGUUUUUGUUCCUUUUUCGUCAGGUUUGAAUUAAACCUUUACAGUGUUUCGGGUUGUGGGUGACGCUAUCUGUGGAUUUGGUCGUAUUUUUCUGCAAACAGUGGCCACAUCUGCAGAACUUGUAGAAAUCUUUUUUGCACCCGUGGGCCCCUUCUCCACCCCCCUCCAUCUUGAGUUCUCCUGUGAAUGUGCACACUUUCCUUACCCCACUACACCACCUGCAGAUUAUGGAGGGAUGAACUGUUGAUGCCUGAUUGUGUAGCCGUUGUAUUUUACCCGUUUGGAGCUGGCCGAUGUUUUAAAAAAAAAAAACAAAAAAAAAAAGGUUGUGCGUGUACAUAUUUUACAACCUUGUUUGUGAACUGUGAUGUGGAGAAGAGAUGGAUUUAAUGUUUUAGGGCUGCAGAGGUUUAAGAAAAUCCUGCCUGUAUCCUCGACCCCCAACGGUUUCCCUUUAAAUACUUUUCUCUCGUUCCCCCUUUGUUCCUCAUCCUCAUGACUGCCUCUCAGCCACAAGGUUUAAUUCAAUGUUAGUACUGUACAAAUUAAGAAAUGGUGGACUUAGAUACUGUUUUUUUUUUGUAAUGAAAGUGAAAGAUGUAAAAAAGUGUACAUACUUUAAAACCUUAUGAGCAGAGAAGUUAUUUUCUGCUGCUUGUUUCCCCUUGUUUGAUUAGAUAUUUGCUGUAUGUGUAAAAGAAAAACGACAAAAAAAAAAAAACUACAGAAGUGCUCCUGAGCUACUGUACAGUAUUGAGAUUUUUUCUAAAAUGUACAGUAUGGGGUGUAGUAGGUCACAAGCACCAAUGCGCCUUUUUCUGUGUAUUUUUGACAAGGUUUUAGGGAGGAAGGGGUUAUCGCAACAAGUCACACACCUGAACAAUCUCAAAACCGAGACAUGAAACCUGCGCGAAGUCGAGUCGCAGCAGGGCUUUGAUUACAAGGUGUGAUCUGAAAGAGUUAAAAUUUGGUCAUUUAGCUUUUUAUGGAGAGGACUGAAGACACAAUAUUCACAUGCUCACUAUUUUUCUCAAAAGGUUGGGCUUGCUGGGUAUGGGGAGGGAACGCAUCAGAACCAGGUGGCAAUAUAUCUUGAGACUUAUUUUAUAAGAAAAAACAAGGAAAAACUGUCUUUUAUAUAUAGAUAUAUUAUUUAAUUUUAUUUUUUGGAAAUAAAACUUGAAGCUACAGGAAUUAUUAGAUAAAACAUGUUUUGUUUUGUAUUAAAGAUGUUAUGGUGAUGCAAAAAGACACUGCAGACAGUCAUUCAGUUUGCCCUGGGGAGGCCGUGGAGUAUAUUAUACCAUCCUUUUUGAAGAAAUGUUUCAUGUACAUGAAUAUAGUUGUAAACAUACUGAAUCACUGUACAAACUGAUGGCAACUGAACAAAUAGUUUUGUUUUUAUCAUUUCUUUUCCUAAAAAGAGACUGGAAAUAAGACUAUUUAAAUAUUUGUUUAGUAUUCAAAUGGAAUCUUUGACCACUUUUUUUUUGUUCCUCUUGUUAACAAUUUCGGUGCUUGCUGAGAGAAAGCAAAAAUAACUGUUGCUCCAUUUUCAUUAGUUUCUUUCUUUUUUUUCUUUUUUUUUAAGUUAUUUUGGUGGUCUGAUUGUUUUUUUUGCCAAUAAAUUAAUUGUACAAUAAAGUAUGUUUGUACCAUUGGAAAAAUA